UUACAUCAAAAGAUAUAGGAAAGUCCUCGUCUAUUUGAAGACACACUGACAACAGACGUAUAGCCGUAGCGCUGAAAGUUCGCUUCAGACACUACAAUUACGGAUACCCCAUUACGUAACCUUCUCUGAUGACCCAAAACGAGGGAGAUUCUUGGAUCUUGGAUAGGCAGUUUCUGUUGAGCCUGGGCACAGCUGUAGCUCACAGCUAAACCUAAGGGUGUGGUUCGCUGGUUCGACGUAGAACGGUCCAACGCUAUGAGUUUGAUGUGUUGAGCUGUGGAUGGCUGCAGAAAGGAGAACCUCAAAGGGACAGUGCAGAUUUAGCAAAAAUGGUGAGCUCAUUCCUGCGAAUCGGACUGGAUGUAUUCCUGUUGUUUCUCUUCGCUACCAAGACUGACGGAUUGUCCACCUUCCACCAAGAUGUAGCCUUCUCCUACAUCGACACGGACGACGUCGUCACUUUACCCACCAACACCUACGAUGAUCCUCCGCUGUUGGAGCGCCGGGGCACGGGUUCCGUGUUCGAUGCCACCAUUCCCGGCACCUACGUCUUCACCUUCCAAGCCCCAGGGAAAAACGUCGCCAGCCCGGCGCCUGUGAACGCGACCAACUACCGGCUGGUCAAGCUCUCAGGUACUCCGCCUUCGGCCGACCUGGUGCUGCGCCUGACCGCCGACGGCCCGGUGUCCGGCCACGUCAUGGUGGAGUUGGAUGCCCUCGACUCCUUCCAAAUAGAGACUUACGCCAGAACUGUCAUGCCCGUUGCAAACACCACCGCCCCUGUGAUAUUUAACGGCUUCCUUCUGUACCAUCGAUGCCUCUGUUCCCCGCUCGUUCUCCGUCGGUCAUCCUUUUCUGCCUCCCGCGAUACCGAUGUGGCCGCCGGUACAGCUGCAAUCCAUGACUUCGACGAAGUCUUCAACAUAGGCGACGAGUUUGACGAGCUUCGUGGCAUCUUCACGGCCAGCCUCCCCGGUAUUUACGUCUUCAUGUACUCCUUUCCCAACCAAGGAGUAGGCAGGUCCGGCACGGUCACCGUCAGCUUGACACUCAACGACGCCGUGAAAAGCAGCGCUUCCUCGGUCAGCUCGACCGCUCCGACUUCGCAGUAUUCUGGUGCCACAGUCGUGCUGGACCUCGUAGAGGGUGACCAGGUUAGACUCAGAAAAGUUGGCGGUCUCAUCUCAAUACCAACAGUCAUUGAUGGAGGAAUUCCUGUGAAAGUGUCACCGAUAUUGUUUUCGGGGUUUCUUUUGUAAAGUUCGCCACACCAGCCAAAUAUCUCGGUAAUAAGCAUAUCAAAUAAUUAUUGUACUACUGAACCACUCAAUAAUUAUUGAUUGAUUGAUUUUUUUUUGGGGGGGGGGGCAAAAUGACCCUUUUUCGUUCAAUUUUUGUUUCUUAAACUGAGGUUCGUGCCUCAACUCUCGUGAACUGUUGACUUGAAACCGCACAAGUGAUAAAUUUAAUAGACAUUUUGUUUAUAUUGAAACUUUCUUCCGACGAAUUUAAAACGUUUGUUAAAUUAUUAGAUUUUGAGUAAGGCAAGUUGUAUGAAGAUUCGAAUAAAUCUUGUUGGAGUACCAAA